CAGGCGAAAAUUAAUGCACGCGCUGAUGUCAUCCAUAAAAUUUACUUGCUGUGGUCUAAGUAAACCGCCUUUCAGGCUCUCCUGGCCUGCAUGGCUUGAACCAAACAAGCAGCAUUUUUGUUAGCACAGCCCGUGGAUUGUUUAUGUUUUUUUACGUUUAUUACGAAGAAAUAACAAUAUAUUCUAUGAAUUUUGGGUGUUGUCGUCUUUCAAAUCGUACUUUUACUAGGUGGAUCAUAUAAACAAUAUUUUAGUCGCUAAUCGGACCCAAUUCAAUGUAAAGGGGUUCUGAUACAAAAUUCUGUCUGGACGAAUGGUAGCACCCAUCAAUGCUAGGAAUUACAUGGUCUUGGGAUUCGAACCUAAAAGAUUCCAUUGCAUGGUAACCCCACAAUAGUAUUUUUUUUGUACUUUGUAUUUAUCUCUUUCUGUCUUAUUUUAACAAGGGUACGCCAACUGAGAGAGAAACCUAAUGAUCAUAUGAUCUCAGUUGUUUGCACUUCAGAACGUUAACCUUUGACCACUGCGGCAGACCCGGAAGCAAUUCUGGCGAUAUUUUCUACUACACUGUAACGGGAGGUCCAGCAGCUAGCCCUUUGCCUGGUCGGGUCCAUUUGCCUUUACUUGUUACUAGUACUUUUUACGCCACGAAAGGUCAGCAUGGCUGCUACAGUGUUCUGGACCUACAAGGAAACGAACGUUCCUUCCAAUGUUACGAAGGAGACGCUGGAGGCCUUACCCGACUUUCAGAUCCGCGAUGACGACAUUGUUGUGGUGAGCUUCCCAAAGGCAGGGUCGAACUGGCUUCUGGAGAUCAUCUGUAAGCUGCUGAGAUCGGCGGGUAGGACGGAGGAGCCGGUGGACAGUUUGUUGACAGGACCGCUGGAGAUGACUCUCCCGUCAGCCGAGCAGCCCGGUUACGUCACACUCGCUGCCAAGUCCUCCCCUCGCAUCUUGAAGACUCACCUCCCGAUCCGCUUCGCACCACGAGGGGUGUCCAAGCCGCAGAACAGGGUAAAAGUGCUGGUGAUGAUGAGAAACCCGAAGGACUCCGCGGUGUCAUAUUACCACUUCAGCAGGAAGCUCGGUCCGCUGAUGGGACUGGGAGAACCCCCGGCCUGGGAGGAGUACGCCCGGGCUUUUGUGGGCGGACAAAUUUCGUACGGAGACUUCUGUGACCACGUGUUGGGCUGGUGGCAGAUGCGGGACGACCCCCAUUUCCUGUUCCUCAAGUAUGAGGACAUGAAAAAGGACGUCCUGAGUUCUGUGCAGACCAUUGCUACCUUCCUAGACAUCACCCUGGAUGGAGCAGCCAUCGCCGCCAUAGCAGAAGAAUCAACGUUUGACAGGAUGAAGCAAGACUUUAGUGCAUCGCAGUGGCCGACAAGAAGGAUCCUUCCCAGGAAAGGCAUUGCCGGAGACUGGAAGAACAUGUUGAGUCCAGACGAGAGUAAAGCAUUUGACUCGUGGUGUGAGAGGAAAUUAUGCGGGACAGGCCUUAAUUUUGAGUUUGAAUAAAAUAAUAUUUGAGUUAGGGUAGCAAGGUUGUCUUGUGGUCAGGGUUCUUAACGUCGAAUCUGAAGGUUUUGAGUCCGAAUACGAAGAAAAAUGAUUUUCUGUGAUUGGUUUGUUUGUAAACCAAAUGACAUCAAACAAACAAUAAACUUGGUGUGAAAAACAAGUGAUUG